GGGUAGCAGCGGUAGAGGUCCAACUUGAGCAUCUACAACCCGUUUCUAAACCUGUGGUCAUACAAGGUAGUCGUCGUUACGUAGCUGCCGGUUGGGUCUGUGCCAGGCGCGGGUUGUUGGCGCUCGCGGAUGCCAGGGAUAUCUAGUCGUUGGAGGCGCGGCCAGAGGAGCAGCUGCGAUGGGAACUAAGGCUGCUUUUGGAAUUCUACUGGUUCUUCUGCUAUGCCGGGUGUCGGAGCAGGCGUCAACUCAGAUGUCUGAGGAGGAACAGAGAGCCUGGGACGACCUUGUCUCCUUGAGAACUUUGAUGUGUAAAUUGGAACAUGCAGGAACGUAUGAACCAAGCAAAAAAUUGUGCAAUGCGACGUUUGACAACAUCACGUGCUGGCCACCCAGUCCAGCGGGGACUCUAGUGCGCAUGCCCUGUCCAUCAGAGUUGAGGGGGCACAGAUAUGACAACACCGAUAAUGUCACAAAACUGUGCCAAAGUAACGGCACUUGGGCCAAGCGAGCGGACUAUGGAAACUGCCAUGAAAUAGAAGUUAGAAAAAACGACACUGAGAAUCCGAUAAGGUGGCACGUUAAGGCAGCCCUGUUGCUGAACGACAUCGGACACAGCAUCUCUUUGGUCUGCCUCUCCAUUGCGCUGGUAUUGUUUCUCUAUCUCAAAAGCAUUCGAUGUACUCGGAACAACAUCCACACCAACCUGAUUCUGACCUUCAUACUGAAGAACACAACCUGGUUCAUCAUGAAGAGUGUGGUGACCAAAAGACACACCUCAAACGACUGGGUUUGCCGGACUGUGGUGACCUUGUUCAACUACUUCAAGGUCACCAACUUCUUCUGGAUGUUCGUGGAGGGUCUGUACUUGUACAUCAUGAUCGCGCAUGCGUACGGCACGGAAAAAGUCAAGUUCUGGAUCUACAUUCUGAUUGGCUGGUGCAUCCCGAUUGUCAUCGUUCUGAUUUGGGCUGUUGUCAAGUUGUUCCUGCAAAACGACCAAUGCUGGAUCGCUGACGUCAAUAACAACUACUAUGACUUCAUCUUCCACGGCCCUACGUUCUUCAUACUUCUGGCGAAUUGCUUCAUCCUCGGAAAGAUCGUGGUCAUCCUGGUACAAAAACUAAAAGCGCACCCUGCCGGUGAGACCGGGCACUACAGCCUGAAGGCGUUCAAAGCUGCGGUGGUUCUGCUGCCGCUGCUGGGCAUCAUUUACAUCCUGUUCUUCAUCCACCCGACCAGCUCCAACGGCACCUCUUACCUCGUCUUCAUCUACUUCAACACCUUCCUGCAGUCCUUCCAGGGCUUCUUUGUGUCGGUGAUCUACUGCUUCACCAACUCUGAGGUUCAAAACGCCAUCAAGCGACAGUUCGAGAAAUGGCAGGACAGUCACCAGUUCGGCGGUCCGCGGUCGAACUCCAAGAACCUUGCCCUGACGGUUAUCACACACACCGGGCAGUCCUCAACUGUCGCCCCGGACAGGCAUGACUACAGCAAGGUCGACAUAGAAGAGAACGCCAAGACGGCAUAA